GUGACUUUUUAACCUUCGAAUUGUAAGAAAAUGUAACCAGGACAUCAUGCAUAUGCUUGUCGUGAACUGGAUACACACCGCUUGACGAUGUAACGGGACCCAAUCAGAGGGCGCCAUCAAGUGAAACACACGCACCAACGUUCGGUGAGCCACUUGGCGGAUUGUUGCUAGACAAAGGUUGUUGUUCUCCGUCGCAAAGAACGUCCCAAGUGCCACAAGUCAAUUCGCUCCGGCCUGCCUACGUACCUCUCCGACAUGCCCUCGCCUUCUGCUGCCUCGUCCACUUCAGGUCUCUACGACUGGUGUGACAUCGCGGAGGUGGCAGCGGCGCAGCGCAAGUCCAUUUCGCGCAAGGUCAACGCGACGACGUUGCUCGCGUCCAAGGCGUCGAAGAAGUCCAAGAAGCAUGCCAUGCCAUCGACUCGCACGACCUUCCGCCAGCAGCAUGAAGCCAUGCAACGUCGCCACUCGUCCCAUGCCAAACCUUCGUCCACUUCGUUGUCCAUCAUGUCUGCUGCCGCGAGCCGCUUCGAGUCGCAUCUGAGUGCCGCGGCCACGGUCUUUGCGCCGCAGCUCCCGCGCUUGCUCUAACAAGCCAGCCAACAGACGACGCGAUAUGUCUAGUUCGUGGAUGGUGAACAUGAAUUCGUCCUGGCUAGUUUUUCAUUUCGGUGUGAUAUCUUGUCGCAGCAGUCGUAGUCGCUUCCUUUACUCUAAAAAUAUUUAUAAACAUUGACCGUGCCGUGACUACGACUAAUCUUACCAGCGUUCUAAGGAUAGCGUAAGUUACAACAUGAAAAGUC